CCAAAAAAUUGAGGCGGGCGGCCAUGUAAAACAAUUUAUUAAUUUUAAGUGGCCUUAUCCAGGGACCAUUUGCUUGUUUUUGUUUGAAGUUUUCCUUGUUUGUAUUCAAAAUGGUGUUAUUUUUUUCGAAGUGCCAGUUUUGACGUAUGUGAGAUUCUAAAAGACGUAAUAAUCGUCGCGUGACAAGCGUUCUUUAAUACGUAGUUCAACGCAAUACUUGGUCAUUUAGAUGAAAAUGAACUCAAGUGGUUGGUGUGUUUUGAGAGCUGGUGAAGACGACAGACGUCGACAAGCAAUGGCAAUACCUUCGGUGUUCCAUAUCCUCCUCAUCCUCUCCCUGGUGGGCUGCAGCUCUGCAGAGGAUAAGGCUUCUCCUCGAGGCUGUGGCCUCCUGAAGAGGCCCUUCACUGCGCUGUGCGACCUGGACGCACAGUGGGGCGUGGCGGUGACAGUGGCGGCAGGCGUGGCGGUCCUGGCCUCACUAAUCCUGGCCCUGGUGCUGCUGUGCCGCCUGGGGCGCAUCACAGAGCCUGAGGCACGCAGUGGGGUGGCACCGCUGCUCCUGCUCCUCGCCACCAUCAUCGUGCUCUGUGCCGUCAGCUUUGUGCACGUCAUUGAGAGUGAGGAGCGUGUGUGCAUUGCUCGACACGCCCUCUGGGGGGUGCUAUAUGUCCUGAGCAUCGCAUACCUAACUUCCCAGGGUGUGCGAUUGCUCAGGCGCUCCUGCUUCAGGGCCCUGGCAGCACUGGCGAUAGGCUUGGCCGUAAUGCAGGGUAUUACCAUUUUUGAAUGGAUACUGGCCAUUGCGCUCCACCCAGGCCAGCCGGUCUGCCAGUACCAGCCAAUGCAGAUUUCCAUGGUCUGCAUGUACGGGCUGGCCCUGUUCUUAGCAGUGCCAGUGACCUUGACUUGUGGCUUGGCUCCGGGGCAGCCACAUUCCGGGUUGAGGUUCAUGUGUUUAUUCACCAUGAGCUUGGCCUCUGGCAUAAUGUGGGCCAUGUAUUUGGCUAAGUACUAUGGGACCAUGAAAAUGCAGUCUGGCCAGUCCUCAGGCUGGAAGGACCAGUUGCAGGCGCAGAUACUGGUGGCACAGGCCUGGUUGGUGCUGCUGUUGCACGCCAUUCCUGAUGCCCAUGCCUACCUGCACCCAGCACAUCACGACGAUGUGGUCCCUGCACAGGUCCCGCAACACCGAAGAGAGGCAAAUUUGGAAGCGGGCAUUUCCCUGUCCUCCUGGCCAACUGCGGAGGGCCAGGGCUCUGAAUUUGACAACAGCAGCUCAGCUGGAUCUGCAAGUCAGUGGAAUGGAAGCGCAGAACCAAGCCCCAGCACUUCCUUCCACAUGGAGAUGUAUGAGCUGACCGACAUGAACAGCAGCGCAGAGCCCAUGCCCUCCACCUCCUCAGGAAUAUCUGAGAUUUGGUUCACAGAGGCAUCGAUAUUCUGAGGAGGACGUCUCUGCUCGAUUGGCCAUGGACCAGCUGCUGCUCCCCAAUGGGAGAAGGACAUUUGCAAGCAUAAUCCUUGCAUGAUUAAAAUAUAUAUGAGAUUUGUUUUAAUGAAAAGUGCAUUAUAAAUAAAAUUUAUUAUUAUUAUUAUUA